UCCUCUGGGAACACCAAUAAAACCGAGCUGGAAAUUUUUGAUGCAAGCGAAGCGCAGGCAAACGCAAAUGCAGACUUAUUCAAGGUUAAGGACUCGACGAUGCCAUGGCAACGACAUGUUAGUAGACGUGGUUUAAAUUAGAAAAAAGUUGUGAGCUAAGGUCGUGACAGCAACUCAUUGCGAAAUGUCUUUAUAAAAUUUUGCUUCGUACGCAUUCGUACGCACUACUUCCAAGCAAUUCCAUUCUUAUUCUUCCUUUUUUUGAUCUCUUUCUACCCAACAUUUCCGGCAACAUUUUGCAAAAUUGCUUCAAUCUCUUCUGUGUUAAGACGGUAUGCAAGUAAGGAGGCAACAAAAUUGAAAGAGAGUGAUUAAAUACUCCGAUAAUGUAUAUCGUUCUGUACGUGGGAACAAUGCUUAGGAAGGCGCAUUUUGCUUCGUUAGGCUUUAGAAAUUGCAAAAAGGAUAAAUUUUGCCAUUUUUCUGAUAUUUAUUUAUAUCUUGACCUUAAGGUAACAGAGUAUUUGUUUAAUCUAUCGUUUUUAGUUCAACCAGCCAGAAGCAAGUUGAAAGACUCACAGAAAAUAAACGCCCUAUCCAGCAUGUUGUGUUAAAUGAUCCUUAUUAUACCGUUAAAAAUGAUGUCAUCUAUGCACGCGCAGCCACUGUUCCGACACGCGUAACUUACCCAGCCAUUGACACGCCGGUACAACCUGUCACCUCGAAUCAUCCUCAGUGUUCAUUACUGUGA